CCCAAUUUCAACUUUCGGUGAUUAACUCCUCUAGGGUUUAAGGAUCAGCUGCUCACUGAUUCGGUUAAACCCGCGCUUUUGAGCUUGGCCACUCCAGUUUCUGGCUGAAAUCUCUCAAGACCUCGUAAUUUGAAGUUUUCCUAUUGAUAGGCGUCAUUGUCGAGAAUGAUAGCAGCCGUUUCUUGGGUUCCAAAAGGGGCCUCAAAGUCGGUACCUAUUGCAGCUGAGCCUCCAUCAAAAGAAGAAAUUGAAGAGAUCUUAAAGAGUGGCGUCUUGGAGAUAAAUGAGGGCACUGAAAAUGAGGAAAAUAGUGAAGAUAUGAAUGUUGAUGCACUCAAGCAAGAUGAUGAACUUGCUCGUGCAUUAUCUGCUGCUGAUGCACUUGGAAAAACUUCCAAGAGUUCAAUGGCUGAAACUGACAGCUUGACAGACACGUUGAGAGAGCUAGACAUGGAUCGUUAUGAUGAAGAGGAUGAUGGUGUCGAGUUGUUUGGCUCAGGUCUUGCCAACUUAUAUUAUCCCAGUAAUGACAUGGACCCUUAUUUGAAGGAUCAGGAAGAUGACUCUGAAGAGGAAGAGGAUAUCACUAUAAAACCAGAGGACGCAGUCAUAGUUUGUGCUCGGAAUGAGGAUGAUGUCAGCCAUCUGGAGGUUUGGAUAUUGGAAGACCCUACAGAUGGCGAUUCAAAUAUGUAUGUACAUCACGAUAUUGUCAUCCCAGCAUUUCCGCUUUGCACAGCAUGGCUUGAUUGUCCUCUUAAAGGUGGAGAAAGAGGCAACUUCAUUGCUGUUGGCUCAAUGGAGCCAGCAAUUGAGAUAUGGGAUCUUGACAUUAUGGAUGAAGUCCAGCCAUCUGCUACAUUGGGUGGCAUUAUUGAGAAGAAGAAAAAGGGAAAGAAGAGAUCUGUUAAAUACAAGGACGGUAGUCACACUGAUUCAGUUCUUGGACUUGAUUGGAACAAAGAGUACAGGAAUAUACUCGCAAGUGCAAGUGCAGACAAGUUGGUUAAGAUUUGGGAUGUGGCAACUGAAACAUGUAAUAUAACGCUGGAGAACCAUACAGACAAGGUCCAAGCAGUUGCCUGGAAUCAUUUCGCACCCCAAGUUCUUCUCAGUGGGUCUUUUGAUCACUCUGUUGUUAUGAAAGAUGGCAGGUUACCUUCACAUAGUGGAUUUAAAUGGUCAGUUGCAGCUGAUGUUGAAAGCCUGGCGUGGGAUCCUCACACAGAGCAUUCAUUUGUGGUCAGUCUGGAAAACGGCAUGGUUACUGGUUUUGAUAUCCGUACUGCAAGUUCUGAUUUAUCAUCUCCACCUAAGCCAAGUUUCACUCUCCAUGCACAUGACAAAGCAGUUAGCACUAUUGCAUAUAAUAGCUCAGUCCCAAAUCUUCUCGCUACUGGUUCCAUGGAUAAGAUGAUAAAGCUCUGGGACCUAUCGAACCAGCCAUCAUGCAUUGCUUCCAAAAAUCCAAAAGCUGGAGCUGUUUUUUCCAUUUCCUUCUCCGAAGAUUGCCCUUUUACUCUAGCAAUUGGAGGCUCCAAAGGAAAAUUGGAGGUGUGGGAUUUAUUAUCUGAUGCUGAGGUUGUCAAAAGAUUCGGAAAGUAUGCCAACAAGGCCAAACCUCCAACCUCUUGAGUAAGGAAAAUGAUAAAUCUUGGAUAUGCUCUAUUCUGCAAAUAGAACGAGAGGUGAAAGUAAGCAUUGCAUGGGAACACAAGAGCUGCUAACUCUAACCUGGGACAAUAGGCAUAUAAUGCAGGAGGCAGGUGCACCAUUUUUCAAUUAUAAUGUUUGAACCUCAACAUCAAAGUAUUGUAGCCUGCCGCCAAGAAAGCUUAUGUGAGUUUAAAAGAACUACUGGCUUGCACUUACAAAGUUACCAGCAUAGCUUUUACAUAAUGAAAAUUACUGCAAGUUGAGUUGAUUUUGUUUGUGAGGACAUGACUUACCGACUCCUGAUGUGCUGAGCCUCUCCUAAGGUGCAAGGAACGUAUUUAUCAGUGAAGUCCCUGCUCGCGAUGACUUUAAAAUGUUUUACUUGUAUGAUAAAACUGAUAUAGGUGGUCUGUAACAGAUUAUCUUUUUGCAAUCGUUAUGAUUGUAUUAGACAUUGGGUACAAUGAAGAUGAAAUGUGAAAAUGCAUCAACUAUUAGAUUCUACUUUUC